AUGGCAGUCGCAAUAAAUCGCACACUAACUCACCACCUACCAAAAGUAGUGUUUUUCAUGGAAUCGCAAAACCAGCCUAAAGUAGGCAAAACUUUAACAAUGGUGGCUUUUUCCGAUGACCGACCACUGCUCAAGCCCUUUCAUAUGUUUCGUUACAUCGGAGACCAUUACCUAAACAGCUAUGACUGGUUUUUUAUCGUCCAAGACACAACCUAUGUACGUGGUGAAAAGUUAAUGGAUUUUGUCAACCAUUUGAGCAUAAGUCAGGAUCUUUAUCUCGGCAAAACAAUGGCCGAUGUCAAUGCAGUGUACUGUAUGCUUGGUGGAGGCUUUAUCCUCGGACAGGCAGUGAUGACAAAAAUUGUCAACGAACUUGACUGGUGUACAAAGAAUGCCUUCUCAAGUGAAGCUGAUGACAACAUCGGACGCUGUCUUCUCCACAGCGCAAAUCUGGCAUGCAGUGAAUCUGUAAAUGGGAAACAAUUCAAAACAUAUCAAUUGAAACAGAACUUCAACUUCGAAGCAGAUAUUAAGGUUGAGAAAAAGAAGGAAGAUUUCAACUCCGCGAUCACGCUGCACAGUGUUACCGAUCCAGAUGAAAUCUACAGGCUGCAUAGGUACUUCAGUGAGCUGGAUCUGACUCAUACGCACAAGUUAAUCUCUGAAGGAAUUCAACAGGAAAACACAUAGUAUUCUGUCAUCUCAUUGUUUCUUCUUUGCCAUGAAAUCGUGUAAUGUGUAAAUAAAUUUUUUCAAUAGCUUCAACAGUAAAGUCAGUUGAUCCAUCACAAGCAAAAUGAUCUGUGAAGUCAGCAGCUGCUUUAUCAUUUAGAUAUGAUGAGCCAACAUCCAAACCUUUUAGUUUAUCUAGCCUACACAAAGUGAUAUAACUCCUGAAGCUCAUGUGAGUCUUAGUAACACCGUGAGUGUUUGCGAAAUUUUAUAAUGAGCCUGUUAUAGUCGGUAUUUUUCAAAUUUAAAAGACACUCCGCCGCCUUGCUUUGCGACACAGGGACAGAUUUUGCAACAGAUUUUUAAUUUGCCUUGCAAUGUACUUUUAAGGAUUCAGGCUGUUUGACAGACUCAAGUCGAAAAAGUUUGAACCAUAGUUUCACAAAUGAGGAAUCUACUUCUGUGCUGAACUCUGUACACACCGUACAAAACAUCUUGUCUCCGUCAAAUUUUAACCACUCGGUUGUCCUGCCAUUGUGAUUGAAAUGUUCGCUUUCUUUUAGAUUCGUAGUCAGUUUUGGACGAAGACUAAUUGCCUUGACGUUGUACUGGUCAUUUCCCCCAGCAUACAGCCUUCGAUAUAUCGAAGAAAGUUCAUAUCCAGGGUUUCUUCUACAUAGGAGGCACUGCGGCACACCGCCGUUGUCAAAUUU